ACACUCAUUCUCCCCAGGUGCCGUAAUACAUCGCCUUCCGUUAUGGUCUCCAUUUCUGUUCACACUCAGAGUUGAAAUCAACUGACGGUCUGGCUGGAGAGGAGGAGACAUCAAGGCCAACGUCUGUUGAGCUGCUUUCUGAACAUCGACUUCGUUCUUUUGUUUCAGCUGUAGCUGGGUGAGAUCAAUUACGGCAGGUGACAAACACAAGGAGACAGAAACACAGAGGCAGAGAAGAAGGAAAAGAGGCAGCAUUUCCAUCCCUGCGGUCUGCAGCAGGGAGGAGCGUUCCCACAGCGAUGGAAUUAUGUGGCACAGUGGUGAGCAACAUGCUUGCUGUCGUCUUGGUUCUGCAUCUGGGUCUGAUCCCCAUUAUGGCUCAGCAAAAUGAACUGCAGAUUGGGGUUGCAGGACAGGCAGUGAUCCUGAACUGCAGAGGCAUACCUCAUCACACAUAUGUGACCUGGAAGUACUACAAGGCUGUUAUAAGGUUGUUUAGAGGUACUCAUUUGAAAGGCAAAGCCACCAUGACUGAUCGAUCUGAAAUCAACCCCAACACUAAACACCUGAAGGUGUUGGACCUAAGGCUCUCCGAUGCUGGCAUCUACACCUGUGAAUAUGACUCUCACACAGUCAGUAUCUCACUGCAUGUCUUUAAAUUGACGAUCUCUUCAGAUGGGCACUUCCUGCCAAAUGAAGUCCCUGAGCUGACUGUAAUGCAAAAUUCAUCUCAUCCUUUACCCGAUCUCAAAAUCACAUUGUUUAACAGUAGUAAUAACAUAGUAAGACCAAAAGUCUCACAAGACAAGACCCAUGAAAAAUACAAAGUGAUGUUAAAGCAACUGGAGACUACGGACAGCGGGACCUGGAUAUGUCAUGUUCAUUCAGACUCUCCAUUGAUUAAUCAGAACAUCUCCUUUGAUGUAAAGGUAUUAGGUUUUCAGCAUCCAGCCUUGGAAAGAAAGUAUGCGACUGUUAAUAGCACUGUCAUCUUGUCAUGGCAGCUGAACUUCCAGCAGAUAAAAUGGAAGGAAGGUUUCACAGGACAGCUGAAUUGGAAACAACAGGGAAGUGCAACCGCUUAUGAGCUACUUGAUUUCAAUGUCACAGCACGGGGAGAGCAGCAUGAGACCAAAAAAAGCAGGCACUUUCAGUUUGAGAUACCUGAAAGCAAACCUAAAAGCACCAUAGCAAUGAACCUCCCCAAAGUCCGUUUCGACCACUCUGGUCAGUACCAGUGUCAACUGGCGUACAAUGGAAAAUAUGUGCAGAGCAAGACAGAGCUGGUGGUGAUGAAAGUCUCAGCUAACCCUGUUGGGCCACUCCCCAGAGGGGCCGAGAUGACCCUGAUUUGCCAGGUCUCUAGUCCACUCCCAUCCAACGCCCACUUGUGCUGGGAACGUGUGAAUGGGACUCAGAUGGACGUCAAGAAGUCAAAGCAGCAUGAAGCAAAGCUGGAGGUGAAUGUUAGUUCUGCAGGGCUGUGGAACUGUCACCUCAUAGAAGACAAUGACAGGAAGAUCAGCCUUAAUUACCCCGUGGAGGAAGCUCCUGUUUGGACUAGCUAUGUGGUAAUUGGAGCAAUUAUUGGAGGCAGUGUGUUGGUGUUUGGCCUUGCAUGCCUGUGCAUCAUCAAUGGUAUAAGUUGGCAGCGGAGAAGGCAACGGGCAAAAAGAAUGGCACAAGCAAGACAAUACUUGCUGGAAAACAAGACAUGUCAGUGUCAACACCGGCUGAAUAAGUAGUAUUGCAGCACUGGAGUCAGAAGGACUGAUGAAGUCUCUGCCUGUACCUAAACACCUGCCAGCUCAUAGUGCUCUGUGAAUCCAUCUCCCUUUCUCCUGUUUUGAUGUAAUUCUUUAUUCCUUCAUCAUUCUCCCAGUCUAAUGCUAUGGAGGGAUGUUGUCUGGCUAGGAGCAGAUGGACAAGACAAGAAACCUUAUGAUUAAGCCUCAGUUCUGUAAUGAGAGACACUGAAUAGAAGAUAUAUAUACAUAUAUAUAUGUGCUUGUAUUUUGCCCAUGUACUUAAUUUGACCUUCUUGUGGAACCAAUUUUAUAUGCUUCUUUUAUCUGCCUGAGCUACAAUAAAUUACA